GUUCCGCGGCUCGCUCGGAGCUGGGGUCGGGGUCCUCACACCCCCCAGCCCCUGCGCGGGAUGGGGAGGGGGACGCGUGGCACUGACGGGACCCCCUACGGAGGGGGCCAUGCUUCGGGGUGCAGGGGGAGCGGCCAGCCCUGCCCGCCGUACCCCGGCCGGAGUGGGGGUCCCCGGCGUUUGGGGGCUGGAGGGGACAGAUUCCCGCUGUCCCCCCGCGCCCACGGGUAGGGUGGUGUCUCAGGAGGCAGGUGGGAUGCAGAGGGCACCCAGUUAUACAAAAGCUGCCCUUUUGUAACCACAGCGAGGGCUCUGCCGGCGUGUCCUUGUCCCCCCGUGUCCCUGAGCUGGGAGAUGCCCUUUUAAACUAUCAGAUAAACGACGUAAAGCCCUUGGAGAUCCCCAGGCUCUGGGGCUGUUAAACCAACGCUCUCGGGCUUGGAGACGUCUGCUCCCGGGAAGCCGAGCAGCGGGAAGCCUCCCUAUUGUAAUCCUUGUUUUCCUUCCCAAACUGCCUUGGUGUCUCGCCUGAACUUCAGGCUGGAAACUUCUUGGGGCAGGGAUGGCGUUCCUGGCGUCCCGCCUGCCUUUGCUUUUCGCGCGGCUCCGAGCGUGGUGGAGAGGAGGAUGAAAAGGGCAGCAAAGAGGCAGGGAAAGGUCUGUCACGGAGCGUGGCUGUGAGGGGCCGUGACUCCGUCUGCGGGCAGGGCAGGCGGCGGGCUCGGCAGCCCCGGGGGCAGCAACAGGGCAGCUCUCGCCUCCUGACGUGGCUUCUCCUCACAGCUCAGAGGAGACUCCGGCUCCCUCUGAAGUCGGGAGGUUUUACUGUGUGGAUAUCUGUGUGCUGGAACUGGAUCGACACUGCUGGCCGUAUCUCCAGGGUGCCCCAGCCUGCCAACCCUUUUUUUUUUGGAAGGAUAAAACCCCUUUCGUAACGACCCUUUGGCUGCCAAGUUACUGCUUGCUCUGUGGCUCUCCCAGGAAAGGAGAAACUACACUUGGUUCAGUCAAGACUUUAUUUUUGCAGUGACGUAUGUGGAAAAGAAGUAGUUGCCAUCAGAACUGGGCAGUAGAAGCUGUUGUGAGUGGUGGGGCAGCUCUGGUAGGACAGGACAUCAUUCCUCCUCUCCAGGCUGCUGGCACAUCCCUGGUUGUGCACGUGCCAACCGCGUUUCACCCGGGGACACUUCCCCGCCACCCGGGCUGUGGGUGAGGUGUCCUGCCAUGGGGUGUGGGUCUGGGUGCUGGGGGUGCUGGGCUGGCAGGACAGCAGGAAGCUGGGCUAGAGCUGUGCUGGCCGAGGCUCUGGGCCCUGGCAGGACUCUCGGUGCUGGCAGCUGGGACAGGAGCCGCUGCUGCAAGGACGGAGCAGCCCCCGCCGGGGCCUCUGACAGCUGAUAACCAGAGCCCUCGCAGGGCUUGGCAGGCGGCUGAGCGAGGAAAUGCCUGUGGCACUGGCUGGGAGCAGCCUCGGGGCGGGCAGUGACAAGAGGCUGGGCUCAACCUCUCCCUCUGGGGUGAAGAACAUCUCUUGGAGGCUCCUCGGGACAGGCUGUCCCGGGGCACAGGGCAUCUCGGGGACUGCUGAUCCCCGGCUGCCGUGGGCAGUAGCUGCUGCAUCCCUGCUUCCUGGCACGGAGGCAGCUCGGAUCUCCCGGCGGGUUCAAAAGUUAACGUGCAAAUUGAUCUCCUGAAGCCGCCGGGAGUCUGAAUAGCAUUCUUUUAGUCAGGAGAGCAGCAGGUUGGUUCACCUCUCCCUGACUCUUUGGCCUCUCCAAAAACGUUCAGCUGUCUGAUCUGUUGAGAUCAUGAAGUCCUUGGAGCAAGGAUAGUCUCUCAGCACACAUGAUUAAUAAUGCAAAUAAAGACAUGCUUUCCUGCCAGAAUUGAUGGGGAGAUGGCCAGGUUUACGUGUUCACUCUGUGACUAAUCUGUGAUCAUUCCUAGUGGUUUUGGAGCAAUCACUUCAUCUGCUGUAAAGCCUGGUGGUAGUUUGGCUGCUGUGGUUGGUACAGGUGUCCUGUGGGCAUCUGGGGGAACGAGCAGGGGGUUGACCCAGCACAACUGAGUGCCAGGAGAAGGGCUCAGCCUCACCAGGGCCAUCUGGUACCGGAGCAUCCCCCUCCCCACCUGCUCUCCAUGAGCUCCAACAGCCACAACUGCUUCCUGUCUCUUCUGUUUCGAGGUGGCCGAGAGAAUAAAAUGCCCAUCCUGAUCUCCAAGAUCUUUAAGGGGCUGGCAGCAGAUCAGACCGAGGCGCUGUACGUGGGGGAUGCCAUCCUCUCCGUCAACGGCACCGACCUGUCCGAGGCCACGCACGACGAGGCCGUGCAGGCCUUGAAGAAGACGGGCAAGGAGGUGGUGUUGGAAGUGAAGUACAUGAAGGAGAUCUCCCCUUACUUCAAGAACAACCCCGCGGGGGCCACGGUGAGCUGGGACCCCUCUCCUGGUGCCCCGCAGAAGCGAUCCUCCCCCGUCCUACCCCCUCGGGAGCUCCGGGAGGGCCGCACCGUGCCCCUGAAGAUGUGCUACGUGUCCCGCAAGUGCCUCCCCACCGACCCGGAGCACAGGUACCUGGAGGUGUGCUCGGCGGACGGCCGCGUCGCCCUCUUCCUGCGGGCGAAGGACGAGGCCACGGCGCAGUCCUGGCUCGCCGCCAUCCAGGCCAACGCGGGCGCGCUGCUGCCGCGGGUGAAGGAGGAGCUGCGGGCACAGCUGGCGGGCGCGGGCACGGCGGCCGGACGGGAUGUCAAACACGUGGGCUGGCUGACCGAGCAGCUCCCCAGCGCCGGCACCAGGAACCUCCUGGCCGUCCUCACGGAGAAGGAGCUGCUGCUGUACGGCAGCCUACCCCAGAGCCGGGAUGCCCUGGGCAAGCCCACGCACAGCUACCCCCUCAUCGCCACCAGGCUGGUGCACUCGGGGCCGGCGAAGGGCUCGGCGCUGUACGAGGCCGAGCGCUCGUUCGCGCUGCGCGCCGGCAGCCGGCUGGGCGUGCAGACCCACCUCUUCAGCCUGGAGAGCCCCCGGGAGCUCGCCCUGUGGACGCGGCUGCUGGUGGACGGCACCCACGGCGCCGCAGAGCUGGCCCAGGAGGUGUCGGCAGCCUGCACGUGGAAGGGGCAGGAGUGCACCCUGACCGUCCACAUCGACAAGGGCUUCACCAUCUCCACCACGGAGCCCGGGCUCAGCAGGACCAUCCUGCUCCAGCAGCCCUUCGAGAAGCUGCAGAUGUCCUCGGAUGACGGCACCAAGAUGCUCUACCUGGACUUUGGUGGCCCGGAGGGAGAGAUCCAAUUGGACCUUCACUCCUGCCCCAAAACCAUCGUCUUCAUCAUCCACUCCUUCCUCUCAGCCAAGGUGACCCGGCUGGGGCUGCUGGCAUGACGAGGGAGCGGAGCAGCCCGAGCCCCCGGCCUAUCUAUGCACCUCCCUCCUGGCCGAACCCAGCCCCAAGCCAUCCCAAGGAGACUGAAGCCCCUGUGGGAUCACACCACCCCCACCAAGGAAAAGCACCAUCCGCUGGGAAAACUCCCUCCUGGGGUGUCUGGGUGAAAUCCCCCUUGGAUGGCAGCACUGGGACUUCUCCGGUCCCUUCUUCCCCUCCUUCCUAAGCAGCUGCAGAAGCCCAGUGAGAGCCCACGAGUGGCAGCAGGGCCGUCACCCCAGUGCCUUGAGAGAUGAUAUUUUGUGUACGAAGAACCCGUUUGUAUCCAUGUUUUAUAUUUAUAUCCCCCACUUAAAAACGCUGACACGGCAGCUCUUCCCUCACCUGGCUCGGAUUCCCCCCGGAGGGUCCCCAGGUCCCGCAGCACAAGGACACAUGUCUGUUUUCCAGACAGGCAACCCGAGGAUUGGAGGCCAAAGCCAGCCCCAAAGUGCUUAAGAGAUGGGAACUGCAGAUCAGCUGUGUUUGCCAAAUUUCCCCAUGUUGUACGAAAUGAUAGGAACCACUUUUGUGUGUCGGGAUUGGACAGCGCGUUCGGUUUUGCUCACUCCGGAGUCACUUUAUUUCUCGGUUUGGGGGGGAGGGUUGUCAGGUGGCUGCUGCAGAAUAACUUCUUCUAUGAACCAAAAGAUUCUGCAUGAAAAUGCCUUUUUUUU